AAAAUUAUCCAACAAAACAAAUUAUAUUUUCAUUUUUGAAAAUUACGAUUAUAAUAACCCUUUCUUCUUCAUUCUCUUCUUCUUCUUCUUCCUCCUUCUCUGCCACUCAAAUCUCUUGGUCUCUGAAUCGCUCUUUUAACUUUGUUUUUCUCUAAUGGUUUUCAAUGCCGAUUAAGCUUAAUUAAGUUAGGCUAUUGUGAAAUGGUUUAAGAACUGAAAAAAAAAAACUAAUACGAAGCGCUCUGGUCAUUGGUGAAUAUGCAUUAUUCUUUAUCCGGUUGAUAUGGAGGGCUCAUUUCUGGUUUUUGGUGCAUAGAGAUUGGCUUUUUUCUGAGUAUAGGAUUCAAUCGGUUCGACACGCUUCUUAUUUGGAUCUAUCCCUCGCUUUACCUUUCCUGGGCUAAGGUUCCUCGUUAUUGUACUCAAGUUGAUUGAUUAAGGGUUUUGUUUGGAUUGUUUUAAUCUACAUAGAAACUGGUUUCGAUUUUGUGUGUAUUUGUGAUAGAAUUGAAUCAAUUAUUUGUUUUUUUUUUGGUUGGUAUUGAUUUCGAGUAAAGUUAAGAGGUUUUAACUGUUAGUAAUGGUUGCUGCUGCGAAUGACCCGAUUGAAUCGCUUCUAAAUUCGAUUCAAGUCGUGAAAGAAGCUCUUUCGCCUCUUGAAUUGAGCUUUCAUAAAGCGACGAAGGACCUUGAGUGGCGGUGGGCUCACGGUGGGGCUAAGGAUAAGAAAGAUAGUGUGGAAUUGGGAACCCAGCUCGGUGGAGGUGAUAAGGCUGGUAAAGUUCAGAUCUGUGGUUCGAAGAAGAGGAGUGGUCAGUGUGUCCCAGCCGGUGAGGAUAAAAAGAAAGGGUUAUCUUUUAAAGUCCCAAUUAAGGCGUUUUUUGGAAAGUUUUCGCCAAACUCGGGAGAUGGGCAUCGACCUCAAGUGUCCAAAAAUGGGUUAAAACAUAUGGAUUUGGCCAAGGAAGAUGUGUCUUGUGCGAAUUGCUUGCAGUUUGCUUUGGCUUGGUCAUUGUUUGUUAAUAACUUUUUUCAGGCAUUUCCAGGUCCUUUCAAAACUGGUAAGAAGCGUUUUCAGAAAACUAGUGACGAGUAUAAACUGUGUUUGUGUACUAAGGAUAAGGUUUCAGGUGAGUUGAAUCGAAGGUCGUCUAAAGAUGAAGUUGUUACAACGGUACAGAUUGAUGGUGUUGCUGAGAAACAAGUAAAGUGUGAACCACUUGAAUGCUUUAUAGGUUUUGUCUUUGAUAAAAUAACUCAUAAUUUUCCUAAGUUCGAUCAGGGUGUGGAAGAAGAUGGUUACAAAGAUAGUGAUACUUCUCAGCAGCCGUCUUCUCCUACCACCCAAUUUGAUCACUUCAAAAUAGUAAGAGGUAUUCUGGAUGGAAGGAAGGCAGAUGUAAAUGGGUUCUUGGGAAAUUUAAUGUUUGCAAAAGUUGGUGGGGUUCCUUCGGGGGUAAUGGGGGUUACUUCUUCGGUUGAUGAUGACAGUAAUGCUGACAAUGGAGAAGAAAGUGGUGGCAUUUCACCACAGAAGGUGGCUAGUGGUAUAUUUAGUAUUCCACUUUCUAAUGUGGAGCGUUUGAGAUCCACAUUGUCUACUGUUUCAUUGGCAGAGCUGAUUGAGCUUGUGCCACACAUAGGCCGCCCUUCCAAAGACUAUCCCGACAAAAAGAAACUAUUCUCUGUCCAAGAUUUCUUUAGAUACACAGAAUCUGAAGGAAGGAGAUUCUUUGAAGAACUGGAUAGAGAUGGUGACGGCCAAGUAACUCUUGAAGAUCUUGAAAUUGCAAUGAGAAGAAGAAAAUUGCCUCGUAGAUAUGCGCAGGAGUUCAUGCGCCGUACAAGGAGUCAUAUAUUUUCAAAAUCAUUUGGCUGGAAACAAUUUCUAUCCUUAAUGGAACAAAAGGAAUCAACCAUUCUUCGUGCAUAUACUUCUCUCUGUCUGAGCAAAUCUGGGACAUUGCAAAAGAGUGAAAUACUAUCUUCACUUAAAAAUGCUGGACUUCCAGCUAAUGAAGACAAUGCUGUUGCUAUGAUGCGAUUUCUAAAUGCAGAUUCUGAGGAAUCUAUUUCUUAUGGGCAUUUUCGAAAUUUUAUGCUUCUGCUUCCUUCUGAUCGAUUACAAGAUGAUCCUCGGAAUAUCUGGUUUGAAGCUGCAACUGUUGUUGCUGUUGCUCCGCCUAUGCAAAUACCUGCUGGAAGUGUACUAAAAUCUGCUUUGGCAGGAGGACUCUCGUGUGCACUUUCUUGCUCCUUACUACACCCAGUUGAUACAAUAAAGACUCGUGUGCAAGCAUCAACGCUGUCUUUUCCAGAAAUUAUUUCAAAGCUUCCACAGAUUGGAGUGCGAGGGUUAUAUAGGGGUUCAAUUCCUGCAAUUCUUGGUCAAUUUUCAAGCCACGGCCUGCGAACUGGAAUAUUUGAAGCUAGUAAACUGGUUCUAAUAAAUUUUGCUCCAACACUACCUGAGCUCCAGGUUCAAUCUCUAGCAUCCUUUUGUAGCACGGUUCUAGGAACAGCAGUACGGAUCCCAUGUGAGGUAUUAAAGCAGAGGUUGCAGGCUGGUCUUUACAACAAUGUGGGAGAGGGUAUUAUAGGGACUUGGCGGCAGGAUGGCCUUAGGGGAUUCUUUCGUGGGACUGGUGCAACUCUUUGUCGAGAAGUUCCUUUCUAUGUUGCUGGCAUGGGGCUUUAUGCUGAAUCCAAAAAGCUUGCCCAACAUGUCCUGCGACGUGAACUCGAGCCGUGGGAAACGAUUAUAGUUGGGGCUGUAUCUGGAGGACUAGCUGCUGUUGCAACUACACCCUUUGAUGUGAUGAAAACUAGAAUGAUGACUGCUCAAGGUCAGUCUGUCUCGAUGACAGUGGUAGCCAUCUCUAUACUCAGGCAUGAGGGACCCCUUGGAUUAUUUAAAGGAGCUGUACCCAGGUUUUUCUGGAUUGCUCCCCUAGGCGCCAUGAAUUUUGCAGGCUAUGAACUUGCAAAAAAGGCCAUGGUAAAAAAUGAGGAACUAGCAGUAGCAGGUGAUGGACUUUCGCAAAAGAAGGUGGCCAGUUCCGGGUAAAUUUAACUUUUGUAUUUUCGGGUUACAUUACUAUAGACUGCAGGUUCAAUCUCUUUAUUUUUAUGAUGAUAGAGCAUUUGAAUGCUGCUGGAAAGUUUUGAACAUUUUCCGGAUCUAGUUGCAGCAUCUCUGUUCAAAAUUAUAACUUGCCGACCUCUCUCCACACACACCGAAGUUUUGUCUGUCACUUGUUUCGAACUUACUCUGCUCUUAAUGGCAGUGAAACAUGUUUUGAAUUUUAUGUUGUAUGUUCAUUUUUCUUGCAAAUCUGUACAGUUUUGAGCUCACA